CCCCCCCCCCCCCAGCUGCAGAGCUAAGCCCUCCUCUUUUCCUCCUCUCCUCCCUAGCGUCACUGUUCAUUUCCAUGUUGUGAACUGUGACUCCCUCCUAUUGUUUGCUUUAGAGUACUAUGGCAAUGCAUGAUAUGAGUCGUGCCAAGGGUUUCCCCUGUAAAGAGUGUGAUAUGGUGUGUCCGAGUACUCCAAGUCUUCUAGAGCAUAUGAAAGCACAUUAUCAGCAGGAAGAGAACGGGCGUUUUGAGUGUGAACAGUGUGGACGCAUCUACAAGCACGCCGCUAGCCUCGCCAACCACAAGAAGUCCCACGAGGUCGGUUCCUUCCAGUGUCCGGUCUGCACGCGCACGCUGCCCAACGCGGUCGCUUUGAAAAACCACCUACGGAUCCAUACGCUGUCCCCGAGUAGUGCCCACACAGAGGAAGAAGGGGAAGAAGUACCCGAAGAAGGGGGCCACGACGAGAGGGACUACGGUCUCGCCCAAGACCUCUCAGACGGGUUUGGGCGCUCCCAUUUGAACAACAGUUUGGGACACAGUGUCCUGCAGAGCCACCAGACAGGCGACCACGGGAAAAAAGGUUCCCCUGAAACCGAAGAAGCGUGGGAUAGACCGUUCAAGUGCGAUCAGUGCGACCGGACGUACCGGCACCACGGCAGCCUGGUGAACCACAAGAAGUGCCACCAGCAAGGGACUUUUAAGUGCUCUGUGUGUUUCAAACAAUUCAGCAACCUGGCUGCACUAAACAGCCACGAGAGAACUCACUCGAAGUUCAAGACGCCCGGAGCGUCAAUGGUGAGCGGCGGCGGCGCCGGCACGCAGUCGUCCCAGAGCGACGACACCGCUUCCUGUUUCUGCCACCUGUGCCAGAUCUCGCUGCCAAGUAAGACAGACUUUCAGGAGCACAUCUUGCUUCACAACGCCGCCUCGCCUUCCCUCGGCCUGCCGCGCAGUUUCCCAGGCAUCAUGCCCCACAAUCUGAGCGCCGUUCGAUCCCCGGCGUACACCCCCACCCUGGGGGACCCUCUGCCCUUGCCUCCCUUGCCCAGUGACAAAAGAGGCCCCUAUGAUCCCAUAAUGGGUCCCCCUGUGAACAACCCCAUCUACACGUGUGCAUACUGUGGCGCGGGACACCCAGAUCUGGAGACUUUGAAAGUCCACUAUUUGACUCACGACCCCCACCCGGGCGCCCACGGCCAGGACAGCUCCAUUCUAAACUCCGACGCGCUAAGCUCCGGUUCCCAGGGCUCCGUGUCGUCUCCCUCCGGGGGCCGUGUGCCCCAUGCGAAUUCUCCAGACGACGGAGAGCGGCGCUUUAAGUGCGGAGAGUGUGGCAAAAGUUACCGGCACGCAGGAAGCUUGGUGAACCACAAACGCUGCCAUCAGACGGGCCACUACCAGUGUACCAUCUGCUGCAAGCAGUACCCGCACCUGGCGGCGCUGCACAGCCACCUGCGAAGCCACAAGGGGCGCUCUGCCAACCAGUCGAUUAACGACAGCAACGACUGGCUGUCUCCGGAGCCCCUGACUCUGGACUCGCAGCAGAGCUACGUCCAGGAAGGCAGCGGCGCCACCACGCCGAUCUCUCUGCCUGGAAAUCUGGGUGACGGGAACCACUUUGUUCCAGACGGCGGCCACAGCAGCGGGCUCGACUCUCUGGAGUUCCACGAUCGCUUCGACGGCAGCUCGCUCUCCCAGAGCAACGCGUCUCACCGCCAGGCCGACAGACACGUGUGCGCCGACUGCGGUCAGAUGUACGGAGAUGUAUCCGGCAUCAAGUCGCACCUGUGCCCCCGCCGCGGCCAGCAGCCCCAGCAGCAGAGCACGAUGUCCAACGGGUUCCUGGCGAGCAUGAACUACCACAGCUCUGGUGGAACCUCGCUGCCCGCCGAAGGCUCCAGCAGCCUGAAGGAAGGUGGAAGCAGCAGCAGCGGCGGCGGCGGGCAACGCCAAUACUCCCAGAGCGGGGGCAAGAGAAUGGGCAGCAACGACAAAGAUGACGAUGACGACGGAGAAGUGUAUCAGUGUUCGGUGUGCGGCAACCACUACGCCAGCCUCCGAGCUCUCAGGAGCCACUUGCGUAGCCACGCCAACAACCCAACAGGGCCGGGACCGUCCAACCUGGAGCAGGAGUGGAGGAUGAUCUGCUCCACCUGCGGCCAAAGCUUCGCCAGGAAGCAAGAUCUCCUGAACCACCAGUUGGUCCACGGCCCCCAAAGGCCGGACGGCCAGCAACAAGGCAUCGUGGGCACCUCGGCUAACGGCAACGACAAAAUGGACGGACGCAACCACAUUUGCGUAGACUGCGGGAUGUUCUUUGCCGACCGCCACCACCUCAUCACUCACCUGUGUCCCGGGAAGAAUCGGGGCAGUUUGCUGAGCAAGCAGGGCCUGAACGGAGCCAAAGGGAUGUCCGGGGGGGAGGGCGUCGGAGGCGGGGUUGCCGGAGGAAGCCGUGAUGUCGGCGGCGACGGACGCAGGCCUCUGGUCGACCAAAGCGAGAAGCCACACAAAUGCGACCAAUGCGGACGCGGAUACAGACACCCGUGCUCUCUCCUAAACCACAAGAAGUCCCAUAAGACGGGGGUUUUCCGCUGCUUGGUGUGCCAGAAACGCUACUACAAUCUGCUGGCUCUCAAGAAUCACCAAAGGACCCACUUUGAUCUAAAGAGGCACAAGUGUGAAGAAUGUGGCAAGGCGUUCAAGAUCCAAAAGCAGCUGAUCAACCACCUCCGUCUCCACGAGGAGCACCGAGCCAAAGGUCUCGUCCGAACCGGACCCAACGGGUCCCGCUUCCAGCAGGCGGGCCCGUCCCACAUGCAGGCUAUGAGAGGAGAGUCCUCAAAGGGACAAGGGUUGGGUGUCAAAUACAGCCACCAAGGCUUCAAGAAGCCCUACUCGUCUGCCGGGACCUCCCGGCCCCAGAAGUUUGACCCCUCUGAAACUGGGAGGCGACCUUUUGCCUGCGACGAAUGCGGCAAGACGUACCGCCACGCAGGCAGCCUGGCUAAUCACAAGAACCUCCACAAAAUCGGGGAGUACCACUGCAACGUGUGCAACUCGACGUACCCCAACAGGCUGGCGAUGAAAAACCACCUCCGCCUCCACUUCGCCCAGAAGAAGCACAACUGCCAAGAGUGCGGCAAGGGCUUCCGCACCCAGAGGCAGCUGGCCACCCACACCACGGCGGGCCUGUGCAAGGGGCCCCAGGGCCCCGGAGCCCAGAUGGAUUUUGAAUGCGACGGCUGCUGCGAAGGCUUUGCCACGGCCGACGAACUUGCAGCCCACGACUGCCCCGCCCAGCACCUGCCGUCUUCCUCCUCCACCAACAGCUCCGCCAACAUCAGCAUGGAGAGGAGCUCGGUGGACCUGGACUCCGAUGAGAGGCCCUACGCCUGCGACCUGUGCAGCUGCGCUUACAAACACGCCAGCUCCCUGCUGAACCACAAGCACACCCACAAGACCGGCAACUUCCGGUGCAACUUCUGCGAGAAGCCGUACACCAACUACAUGGCGCUGCGCAACCACAUGCGCAUUCACACGCAGCGGAAGAAGCACAUCUGCCACACGUGUGGGAAAGCCUUCCGGUUGGCAAGGUUCCUCCGAAACCACCAGAAGGUCCACGAGGAGGGCGCGACCCCGUUCGGCUGCCCCACCUGUGGGAAGAGCUUCCAGGGGAGAUCCGGCCUAGCCAGGCACCGCUGCGGGGACAACCAGGUAGGCAUGGAAGUGAGGAGGAAGGCCGCUGCACCCCCGGGAGAGGGCGAGGAGUGUCGGUACACGUGUGACCAGUGCGGCCGCUCCUACCGCCACGCCAGCUCCCUCCUCAACCACAAGAACACCCACACCGUCGGCAUCUACCACUGCGCCGUGUGCCUGAAGACCUACUCCAACCUGCUCGCCCUGAAGAACCACCGCCGCAUCCACUCCGAGACGCGCCGCCACCGCUGCCACGACUGCGGCAAGGCCUUCCGCGUGUCCUCGCAGCUCUACAACCACCGCCGCGUCCACCAGAAGCAGCGCGAGCUGACGUGCCGGUCCUGCCAGCGCGCCUUCCCCACGCCGGCCAGCUUCCGGCUCCACAUGGAGAUCACGCACGGCCAGACGCCGCCGCCGCCCCGCCAGCCCAGACCCCAGCAGCCCCGCCCGGGGAGCUCCCAGGACCUGGGCUGGGGGUCCGGCCUGGACCUCACCUUGAUGCAGGAGCAAGGACUCGGCCACGGAGGCGCGGCGGCGACGCCUAGAGGCCGCGGCGAGCCGAUGAAGUCCCACGCCUGCGAUCAGUGCGGGCGCUCGUACCGCCACGCCAGCUCGCUGCUCAACCACAAGAACAGCCACAAGACCGGCACCUACUUCUGCAACUCCUGCCAGAAGGAGUUCCCCAACCUGAUGUCCCUGAAGAACCACCGGCGGAUCCACACCGAGCCGAAGCGCUACCAGUGCCCCGACUGCGGGAAGUCGUUCCGCGUGUCCACGCAGCUCAUCUGCCACCGCCGCAUCCACACCAAGGAGAAGCCCUUCUCCUGCCAGCAGUGCGACAAGCACUUCUCCUCCAAGUCCAACCUGCGCCACCACAUGAAGGUGCACUGGAGCGGCUCGGGGGCGCCCCCCCGCAUGGCCAUGGCGGCGCCCAACUUCCUGGGUAUGCCCGGCGGCCCCUUCAUAUAGCGGAAGAGGGAUGGGAGGGGGUCCCGUUCCCGUGGACCGCAUGGGACUUUAUUUCUGAACGGGUGUGUGUCGUUGGAGAGAGAUAACGAUAGACACACGAGAUAAAACAUAAUUUAGCAAGCCGAGAAAGAUU